CCCUGCUCCAGCCAGUGUUGCGUUGCAAUCUGGCAUCAUAUGAAGUGCACCUACCCUGCCAGCCAACUCAAACAAGCCCACUCAACUCUAGGCCACCAGCAUUGGGGUUACGCACCUCCGACAGUUUCUGUGGCAUUUCCGUCAUUUUAUGACAAUUGCACUCGAAAGAUUCGAAUUGGCGACUAAAUUGCUCCAUCCUACAGCUCUGCAACACAACGCGUCGGUCAUCUGCGAGCCCAGCUAGGGGCUGAGCAACUGAUCAUGGUUCGACUUCGAGAAAUCCCCAGAACUGCGGCGUUUGCCUGGUCACCUGGCGCUGCUAAGCCAUUGCUUGCUACUGGUACCAGGGCCGGUGCUGUCGAUGCCGACUUCUCAGAUGAGACGCAGUUGGAGCUUUGGGACCUCAACCUCGACGACGAGGAUCACGGGGUUGAGCUCCAGCCCAUCGCUUGCAUCACCACUGAAUCGAGAUUCUACGAUAUUGCCUGGGGCCAGCCCGACGAAGAUCAUCCACGGGGCAUCAUUGCCGGUGCUCUGGAGAAUGGUUCCCUUGAGCUUUGGGAUGCUGAAAAACUCAUCGCAGGCGCCGGCGCCCAAGAUGCCUUAAUCUCUCGCGCGACGAAACACUCGGGGGCGAUCAAGUCGCUGCAGUUCAACGCUCUUCGACCCCACAUUCUGGCCACUGCUGGUGCCAAGGGAGAGCUAUUUGUCUACGAUAUUACCGACAUUGAGAACUCUUUCCGCCUCGGCACCGCUGCUGCUCGAUCUGACGACCUCGAAUGUGUUGCUUGGAACAGGAAGGUCGCACACAUCUUGGCAACUGGUGGAUCGGGCGGAUUCGUCACUGUGUGGGAUCUCAAAACCAAGAAGGCAUCGUUGACGCUGAAUAACAACCGCAAACCCGUAAGCGCCAUCGCCUGGGAUCCGAAUAAUUCCACAAAGCUAUUGACGGCCACUCCCGAUGACGGUACCCCGGUUAUCUUUCUCUGGGAUCUCAGAAACUCGAAUGCACCGGAGCGAUCCCUUCAGGGCCACGAGCAGGGCGUGCUCUCCCUCUCUUGGUGCCAGCAAGAUGGUGAUCUCCUGAUCUCCAGCGGCAAAGACAACCGUACCAUAGUCUGGAACCCUCAGACCGGGGAGAAGUACGGAGAGUUUCCCGAAGUGACGAACUGGACGUUCCUCACGCGCUUCAAUCCUCACAACCCCAACCUCUCUGCGACCGCAGGCUUCGAUGGAAAGAUCGCAAUUCAGACCUUGCAGAACACCAACUCCGACUCGCCGCAAGCCACUCAACAGAAGAAUAAGUUGGACGAUGAAGAUUUCUUCAACCAGGCACAGACGCAACCGCAGGGGGCUGCAUUCACGCUGGCCAAAGCUCCAAAGUGGCUCCAGCCUCCCGUCGGCGCGUCUUUUGGGUUCGGCGGAAAGUUGGUGAUUUUCAAGCAACAAGCGGGCCAGCCAAGGGCUUCGAAGGUCGUGAUUUCUCAGUUCUCUGUGGACUCCGAGAUCAGUGCUGCUACGGAGAAGUUCGAGGAGACCCUGAAGUCGGGCAACCUUGCCAGCAUCUGCGAAACACGGAAGAACCAAGCCGCCACGAAAAAGGAGGAGGCAGACUGGCAUGUCAUCGAGACAUUGACCGCCGACAAUCCUCGCAAACAGAUCAUUGAGUUCCUGGGCUUCACAGACGCGGACGUGGCCGAGAGCACUUCCGGCGAGGAGUUGACCGACCAAACGGAGACGCCAGCAGGAGAUGAUAAACAGGAACACGGCAAGGACAAGUCGUCAAAGGACGCGGCCGAUUUCUUCGAUGAUGGUGAAGGUGACGGCGAUGACUUCUUGAACGGCAUCUCCGCAACCAAGGGCGCAAAGACGGACAACCCCUUCCAUCUCCUCGGCGGGGACGACUCGGACGUUGACAAACAAAUUACCAGGGCGCUGCUGCUCGGGAACUUCGCCAAGGCCACGGAUAUCUGCCUGAAGGAGAACCAAAUUGCAGAGGCCUUCCUCCUUGCCAACUGCGGCGGCCAGGAGCUAGUUGACAAGGUCCAAGCUGCUUAUCUGGCUCGCAAGAGCGGGCGUCCGAGCUACAUCCGUCUCCUCAGUUCGGUCAUCAACAAGAACCUCUGGGACGUGGUCUACAAUGCGGACCUCGAGAACUGGAAGGAGACGAUGGCUGUUCUCUGCACCUUCUCCGACCCCCAGGACUUCCCGGACCUGUGCGAGGCCCUUGGCGACCGGAUUAACGAGCACGGUUCAAGGAAGGAUGCCUCGUUUUGCUACCUGGUCGGAUCGAAGCUCGAGAAGGUGGUGGGUAUUUGGAUUAGCGAACUGGAGGAAGCCGAGCAGGCCAGUGCCGAGGGGCCAUCGGAGGAAUCCACCUUCUCGAUCCACGCGCGCUUGCUACAGCAGUUCAUUGAGAAGGUUACCAUCUUCCGUCAGGUGACUAAAUUCCAGGACACGGAUAAGGACGUGACGGAGGGCUGGAAGCUGGCCGCAUUGUACGACAAGUACACCGAGUAUGCCGACAUUAUUGCGUCCCAUGGUCGCUUGGACGUGGCGCAGAAGUAUCUCGACUACUUGCCCGCCAAAUACGCGGGUGCAGACUUGGCCCGCAACAGGCUAAAGCUCGCCACCCAGAAGUCCAUCCCUCAAGCUGCGGCGGCUACCUCCCGACUGCCCCAUCGACAGCCAACGCCUCGCCAACCUGUCGUCCACCAACCUGUACAAGCCGCGGCCGCGAACCCCUAUGUGGCCCCGGCGCCCGUCCCGGCAGCUGCGAGCACGAAUCCCUAUGCUCCGCCGGCACCGAACCUGUUUGCGUCUUCGGGAUCCAGCCCGUACGCGCCAUCCGGAGGAUACCAACCGCCUAUAACUAUGGCACAGCCUGGGCAGCAGCCUACCACUGGCUACGGGCCGCCGGCUAACCAGUUUAGUGCGCCGCCGAGAAACCCGACGCCCUCCGGCCCUCCUCCUCGUUCUCAGGCCAAAUCAACCGAAAAUUGGAACGACGUCCCCAUGGUUACAAAGCCACCACCUCCUAGAAGAUCGACUCCAGGCUUGGCCCCGGCGACUUCUUCCUUUCCCAGCCAGCCCAUGGGGUCUCCCCAGGCUCAGUUCGGACGAUCAGGCAUGACUCCUCCGCCGCCCCCACCGAAGGGAGCUGGCCCUCCACGGGUGACUUCUCCGCUAAGCGGCCCUCCCCAAGUCGCCCAGGGACCACCCAGACCAUCCUCGUCGGCAAGCAAUGCGUAUGUCCCUCCGCAGGUUCAGCAACUGCCUGUGCCGGCCCAGGUGCCUCAGAUACCUGCGCGGACGGCAUCCCCCUACGGCCCGCCGCCAACUGGCCCCCCGCCCUCUAACCGCUAUGCGCCUGCCCCCACGACGCUGCCGCAACCCGGACAGCCGCCCGUGGGCAUAGGGAUUCCGCCUCCGGGGCCCGCCUCCGUAAACCAGCCACCACCGCCCAGGAACCCAUAUGCUCCCCUUCCUGGUCAGCCGUCUCAAGCUGGCGGCGUCCCACCUCCUCCAGGCCAAUUUGCACCAGCUCCUUACCAAGCAUCGGCGCCAGUCCCAGGCCCUCCCCCUGCCGGGCGUCCUCUCUCGAGCGGACCCCCUCCUGCCUCCCAGGCGACGCCCCCGCCACCUCGUGCGUCCGCUCCGCCCAAGGCCAGACAUCCACCGGGCGAUAGGUCGCACAUUCCGGCCCAUGCUCAGAGACUGGUCGACAUCCUAAGCGUGGACAUGCAACGGGUGGUCAGCAAGGCGCCUGCAUCAUUCGCUCCGCAGGUCAAGGAUACACACAAGCGGCUCAACAUUCUCUUCGACCACCUGAACAACGAGGAGUUGGUGAAACCGGACACUAUUGAGCAGCUGUCUCAACUCGCGGAUGCACUACAGGCCAGGGACUACGACGCGGCCCACCGUCUGCAGGUGGAGAUUCAGCGGGACAAGACGGAGGAGUGCGGCAACUGGAUGGUCGGCGUCAAGCGGUUGAUCAGCAUGAGCAAGGCGACCCCUUAGGCUGAAAGUCUGGCCAUUUCUUGGGGCGUGAAAGAGGUGGCUGGCGCAAAAACCAUGACUA